GAGUUUGUGGAUGGCUGUGGUGGUGGCAGAGUGUUGCACUGUAACCCUGACAUAAUCGUUUAUAUAAGUCGCUUUUCAGUCUGCAUCAACUUUGGAGGCAAGUGUACUGUGGUUCCCACACAGUCUGUUGCAUUCCUGCUGCUACUAAAUAACAGUGAAAGUGCGUGUUGGCGCGAUGUUUUUAUUUAUUUAACCGGCUUGAUGAACGAUUUCUGUUUUCGGUUUCGUUUUCAAUCAUCCAUUAAUUUAUUUGUUUAUUAUCGUAUAUCGUAAUUUAUUUCUCGGAUAUAUUUAUUAUCAAAUUUUUAAAUUUUCAUAGUAUUUAUUGUGUUUCGUCGUUGGUCUCAUUUUUUAAUAGUGAUUUGUGCGUGUGUUCGUUAUUCGCCUGUUAAAUAGCAAAAAAUAUCUCAAAAUGUCAGAUGUUACCAGCUCAAAUGAGGAAACAGCAGUGGCCAUUGUGCCUGUCCCAGUAGCUCUGGAUCCAGCUGUCAAGAAGACUGAAUCGGGUGACUUGAUCAUCACAAAAUCAGCAAAAUUGUUGGAAAAUCGUUGUAGCAUAUCAUCGGUGGAUAGCAGUAUUUCCUUAUCUUACGAUGCUGUUCCAUUUACACCUCGUAGUUCACUCACCAUCAGCACAGAUGACGAGUCUAAGAUUGUGAACCAUUUUGGUAUCAAUAGCAGUAGCAGCCACACAGAUUCAUCUUCUGAUGCAGCUGUCUCUGGUAAUGAAUCGAAGAAGAUAAAAACCAAUAGUGGUGGUGAUAGUAGCAAUGACGAAGAACCAUUUGAGGCACCUGAUGAAGAGCUCACCAAACGCAUUGUUGAUCAGGUAGAAUAUUAUUUUUCUGAUGAGAAUAUUGUUAAGGAUGCUUUCCUGCUCAAACAUGUUCGUCGAAAUAAAGAGGGAUACGUUUCCCUCAAGCUGAUUGCCAGCUUUAAACGAGUUAAACAUAUAGCUAGAGAUUGGCGUGUUGUUCGUGUAGCUUUGGAGAAAUCCACCAAGCUGGAGAUUAAUGAAGCUGGCACUAAGCUCAGGCGAAAAGAUCCGCUACCCUUGUAUGACCAAACUACACCUUCACGAACUGUGGUUGCAGUUGAUAUCCCACCAGAAAAGGCUACUAUUGAAUGUAUAGCUGAGUUAUUCCGCACUUGUGGUGAAAUAGCCCUUGUACGCAUCCUUAGGCCUGGCAAUCCAAUCCCAGCUGAUGUACGCCCAUUUUACAACAAGCAUCCUGAAAUGCAUAAUACUGUGAGCGCAUUGGUUGAAUUUGUGCGCACUGAAUCAGCUCACAAUGCUUUGAAUCGUGAUGCGGAAAAUGAUCCAAAUCAUAUCCAAGUUCUCGAGCUAAAUGCUCCUCCAUCGAAAAAGAAGGUUGCUGUCAAAACUAAAUUCCCGAACCGUAUUUAUGACCAAGACUAUGGCACAUCAUCCUGUGCCAGUGGCUCUGAAACUGAUGAAAGGUAUAAACUGCAUAUGCAAAGACGCUGCUCAUCGCCACAUUUGACCAAUAAACCAAUUGGUAGCAAUAACUCUGGUGACCAGCAUUGGGGUCAACGUCGCUGGUCUAGAGAUUCUGGUACAGACAGUUCAUCCUCUAGUUUCUCACGUUCUCGCUCCAACAGCGGAGUUUACUACAUUCCAGAGCAGAGACGUCUCUCAGCUGGCUGGGAAUCCAGCUCGGAUAGCUACAGCUCAUGCAGAUCUCGUUCCAACAGCGGUGUCUCCAUUCCUGAGGUGUUCCACAUGCGUCGUUACUCACUACCUCGAAAAGAACCCGACUGCUGCUGCUGCAGUUUCCCGAAAUGUGAGUCUUCCGGAGGUGCUGGACGUCGCUACUCUGUUGGUAGGGGAUCAGAUGAUGGUUACCAUGCAGCACCACUUUCACGUUGCAACAGUGGGGAAAGUUGUGAUGGACCUUAUCGUAAAGAAUCCAUACCAGAAUAUUAUCCAUUGCAUCGAAGCAAUGGUUCAUUUGAGAGGAGGUCAUCUAUCACAAAAACCAACAACGAUGGUCCCUGGUCACGUAACAGCAGUGUUUCAUCAGCUUCUGAGUCUGGUCGCAGAUUAUCUGACUGUGAAGGACGUGGUAUGGUAAGGCAGCGCUCAUUCGGUAAUAAUAUUGGUAAUUUGGCUAAUUCUGAUACCAUUGUGCGGUUACCUCGAGGUCCUGAUGGUGGUCGUGGAUUUCAAAGGGAAUUAAUUGAGUAUGCUCUGCCAGAGUAAUCUCCAUAUAUUGGGAUCUUUCUGUCCAUGAUGAGAUCAGUUUCCACCUAAAGUGGACCCAUUUCAAUCCUUAUUUCCUAAAUAAUGAAAACAAUGCCGGUAUAAUUUUUCUUCAGUAUUUUAACUUAUGUAUACUAAAAAGGUAGUGUCUUUUUAUUUAAACAUUUAUUAUAUUUUAUCUAGAGUGAGAAUUCCUCUUCCCUCUCACUCUUUCUCUAUGCCCCUUCCUUUUAAAGUUAGGUAUUUAACUACACCUACACUAUUAUGUAAUCAGAUUCAAUUGUGCCAUCUUUCUUCUUUAUAAAGUGAUCCUAUGCCAAUCUGGAAUGAUAUGGUUUUCUAUAGCACAAUAAAAUUUAGUGACCAAUAACAUGUGCUAUACCUAGGUAUAGGUGUAAAAAAUCAUUUGACUGCAUUUAUAAAUAUUAUUAAUUUUAUAAGUCAAAUAUAAAAUGUUAUAUUGCACAGCAAUUAUACACAUGUAGGUAUUUACAACAUCUGAUGUCCUACUAUGACUUUUUUUUAUGUACCUACCUAAACCAAAUGUGAUAUUUAUUCUAUUAAGUAAAGUAUAGGUCUAUAUAAAUUAUGUGGAUGCUAAUCGAAAUGGAUUUUCAUGUAUGUAUAAGUAUUUUUCUUCUUCUAUUCAUUGUCAAAGUGUAGUAGGAAGAAUCUAAAGUAUUGAGGGGAAAAAAUAAGCUAUGUUGGUAAAAAGUAUUUUGGUAUAUAAAAAAUCCAUUAAAAAGUAUCCACAUUUUAAAAAAAUUAUGAUGAUAAGCAUUUAAAAAAUAUUUUUUCAUGUUAUUUUAUACGUUGCAACGUUGUAAAGUACCUACUGGUAAAAACGAACUAGGAACUUUACCAAGUCCUUCAUUAUUCAUGUUUAAUAGGUACCUACACGAAUGAUGUAUUUUUAAUUUAUUAUUACGAGUGUUUCUUUAUUAUUUUUUGUUUACCCUAUCCUAUGAGGUAUGUUUCAAAAUGUACAUAUUUAUUUUUGUUAUUUGAUUGUUGUUUUUGAGAUGUUGUUAAAUGCAAUAUUUAUUUUGGAUUAAUUUAUUUAACGACAUUUAUUUAUUAUUAUUUAUAGCGUAGCUGUGAAUUUUUCUCUUUUUUUUGUGUUUAAUUUAUUUUUACAAUUUUUUCUUUUUUUCUUUCUUUUCUUCUACCUAUUCAGAUUAUUCAAAUGAAUUGUGUGUAAUACUUUAUUUAUUAUUUAUCCUAAUUUAUUCAUUUGAAUUAUAUUUAUUUGGGAUCAUGAAA